GAUGAGAGAGCAAGAGUGAUGAGAGAGUAAAAAAAAAAAUAGAGCAAGUGAAAUUUUUAUUUUUUUUUAAUUUUUUUUCCUACCUAGUUUUUCUUCAGUUCCAAACACGAGACAAAAUUUCUCUUUUCCCUUCCUCUUUUCUUUUCUUUUUUUUUUUUUCCUUUGAACUUUCUUUCAUAUUUUUUUCCAUCCUAAAAUCUAGGUUCCAAACAUUGCCAAAGAAGCAGAUGGGGAAUUUGUUCGUCAAGAAGCCCAAGAUCACUGACGUAGAUCGUGCUAUUCUUACCCUCAAAACACAGAGACGCAAGCUUGCUCAAUAUCAACAACAGCUUGAUGCUGUCAUUGAAGCUGAAAAGCAAGCUGCGAGAGACUUGAUCCGUGAAAAGAAAAAGGACAGAGCGUUGUUAGCAUUAAAAAAGAAAAAAGCACAAGAAGAAUUAUUGAAGAAAGUUGAUGCUUGGGUCAUCAAUGUUGAGCAACAGUUGGCAGAUAUAGAACUCGCAAGCAAGCAAAAGGCUGUGUUUGAGAGUUUGAAAGCUGGUAACGAGGCAAUGAAAGCUUUACAAAGUGAGAUCAAUAUUGAGGAUGUUCAAAAAUUAAUGGAUGAUACUGCUGAAGCUAAAGCUUACCAAGAUGAAAUUAAUGCAAUCUUGGGCGAGCAAUUAUCUGCAGAAGAUGAAGAAGAGGUUUUAGCAGAAUUUGAAAACUUAGAAACUCAGAUCUCCAUUCAAGAUAUGCCUGAUGUUCCUGCAACAGUGCCAUCUGCUGAGGAGAAAUUGGACCUUCCUGAUUUACCGACUAAACCACCAAUUGUCGCCGAGGCUUCUGCAGAUGAUGCUGAAGUUGCUCCAGCUGAAGCUUCCUCAAAGAGAAAAGUGUUGGAAGAGCCAUUGCCGGCAUGAUUGGGGAGAUCAGUUAAACGUUCACGUCCUUUCUAAUCCGUUCGAGCUGUUUGGAAGCUUUGAUGGAUUAGUCACUGGCCUGCAAGAACGUGUGCUAUGCUAUUCUUCGGUUUGGACUUUGUAAAUCUUGGUUGGUUUUAAACAAAAGAUUCUCACAUUGGAUUGUACAGAGGUGUAGUUUCUCAAUAAACGUAAUUUGCAAUUCUCUCCCGCAAACCUAUGGAGCCUCUUGACAUUUCUUAGCUAUCAUAAUACUCGAGUCAUUAUCAAAAGCCUCAAACUAGGCUCAACUAUCAAAUGUAUGGAUCUUUGAAGGGUAUUAAGGAAAUUAUCAUAUA